AGUUCCUGGUUAGCCAGUGAAGAAAGACAGUCAGUGGUAAACCAUCAGAGUCUCAGCAUGAAAGUCUGUCACACUUUGAUCUGCUUCUUCUUCCUCUUCUCUCUGCAGGAUGGAAACACCGGUCUCGUCAGUGCCCAACUCUCAGUCUAUUCAGGAAUUGAAGGAGAAAAUGUCAGAGUUAAAUGCUCCAUUCCUUCUUUUGGAAUCAGGAAGUUCUUCUGUAAGGAACCAUGUGAAGAAGAAGACAUUCUCAUUGAAACAACCAAUGCCACAGCUCAGAGAGGCAGAUACAGCAGUGAUUAUAAAGAUGGAGUUUUUUUUGUGACCAUCACUCAGCUGACCAAGUCUGACUCCGGACGCUACAGGUGUGGUGCGGAUACAUCUUUGACAAAGGCUUCAUACGAGGAUAUUGAGAUCAUCGUUGUUGAUGCAAAACUUGUUGGUGAUCCUUCUGCAGAAAAAACAAUCUAUGCUAGAACUGGAGGAAGUAUUGUAGUUGAAUGCUCCUUUACUCGCUCUGGGACCGAGAUGUUCUUCUGCAAGGAGGAAUGUGAAAGAGACAUUCUUGUUGGAACGACUUACGAUAUUUUGAAAAAAGGCAGAUACAGCAUCAGAUAUCUUGAAGGAUCUCCAAAAGAAGGAUUUCUGUAUGUGAGCAUCGACCAGCUGACCCAGUCUGACUCAGGAUGGUACAGGUGUGGUCUGGACAGAACUUCCUCUAUAGAUCCAUACCAGAGGUUUAGGCUCAUCGUCACUGAUGCUCUGACCACUUCUACUCCUUCAUCAUCCGUCCCAUCAGCCUCUACAGAAACAUCAAACCAAAGUGAAAGCUCCACAUCUUCACCAGCCUCCCCUAAAACCACACGUGGGAUCCUGUAUGUGCGUCUGACUCUGGUCGUCCUGGUCAUCGUGUCAUCACUGUCUGUGCUGGUAUUCUGCAGGAAGAGGACUUGUAAAGCCAAAAGUGAGGAACCAGAACCUCCUGUGGAAACACAAUAUGAUUUCGUCACAGAGACCGACCGAGUGUACGAUGAUAUCGGGGAGGCCGGCCGGAGCAGAUCUCCUCCUGUGGAAAUCUCUUCUGUUCACACUCACGCCAGAUAUACACGACCAAAUGGAGAUGAAACCGAAGAUUACUACAACAUUGACACUGCUUCUAAUUCAUAAAAUACAGUUAGGGUUAUUUAACUCUGGGCUCAUAAAACAGCAGCUUUAGGCGGCAUCCUUUAAAAAAUGUCCACACGCUUUAUCCCCGGUCACAGACCCAAACAAUAAUGCUAGUGGGGGAACGUUUUUUACAUCUCUUGCUUUUUUAUCCAUAAAAACUUUUGUUAAAUGUAAAAACAGAUAUCAGAUAAGUGUAAAUAUGACAAAUGGCCCAACCAAAGGAAAAGGAUUGAAGUUGUUUUUGUUUGUUGUCAAUAUUUACACUUUAUUCUAUAUUGGCAGUGUUCCGACUCUGAUCUGCAGCUGAGACACAACAAUUCUCCUGGGUAUCAAUAAAGUUUUAUCGUAUCCAAAGUUUUUGGGAAAUGGUGUAAAGAAUGUAUUGUUGGCUUGCAGUUUACCACGGUUUGAUCUUCUUGGUUUUAAAGUACCCUUUGUAUUUCUGUCAUUUUCUAUUUAACGUCAUUUCCCUUUUUAUAUUUACAGAUAUACUCCCCCAGAUGUGUGCUCAUCAGGUGUUGUAUAUUUUAAAAUGAGUCUCCGUCUUUUUUGUUCCUGUGGUUAGAAGUGUGAUCAGCUACCUGUAUGAGUCACUUCUAUUUGAUUAUUAGAUUUCCUAAAUUGUUGUACCUUUUUCUAAUGUGUCUCCGAUCAACAUUGGCUUUUCUGUUCUUUUUAAUAUCUUAUAAUAUAUAUAUAUAUAUAUAUAAUACAUGUCUUUAGAGUGGUUCAGCCAGACUGUAGCUGAGAAUGUUGUCCUUCACAACACAGGAAACUACCUCUCACGCAAUUUGCUAAAAGAUGUCUUCCUUACAGAGAAAUAUGUAUCCCAAAAUAAAUGUUCAGCUUCACAGGAAG